AUGCCUAAAAUCGAAGAAGAGCCAACGAUCAUCGUUGAAGAAGAACAAACAACAACAACAUCCACAGUUUCCGAAAAAUCAAAUAUCAAUGCUUCAAGCUCUUCUUCCCCAAUAACUACAUCGGAUUCAAAGAGUAGUACUACUUUGGUGAUUCCAACGACCAAGAAAUCAACAUCGUAUGAAGAAAAGGAAUUUAUGUAUCCGGAAUUGACUGAGGAGGAGUUGCCUAGUGAUUUUUCUUCAAUGUUAUCUUUGUUUUGUGGAGUUCUUGGACUGAUGUUGAAGAUGAAAUAUGUUUCGUGGCUUGGAGCAUUAUUUUGCAUCAGUGGCCUGUAUAAUUUGAAAUAUUCCGAGAUGGAUUUUAAGCAAACAGCCACAAGUGUCAUGUUUUCAGUCAUGGGUUUAAUCAUGAAUUAUUUUGGUCCAGCCGCUCAUCAACCAUAA